AUGGCGAGCGGGUCUUUCCUGCUCCCUCCGUCCCUACUGGUUCUCGCAGCUAGCUCGGAGAUGGUGAAGAUCAUCUCCGCCGCGCCCAGCCUCGCCGGACCGUUCCUCUGGCUUCAUUUCCACGACUGCUUUGUUAGGGGCUGUGACGCGUCUGUGCUGCUGGAUUCCACCAAGGGCAACCUGGCAGAGAGGGACGCCAAGCCCAACAAGAGCCUGCGAGAAUUCGGCUCCGUGGAGCGGGUGAAGGCCAGGCUCGAGGCCGCAGGCCCGGGCAUCGUCUCCUGCGCCGACGUGCUCACACUCAUGGCCCGCGACGCCGUCGUCCUGGCCAAGGGCCCCUCCUGGCCCGUGGCGCUCGGCAGGAGAGACGGCAGCGUGUCCAGUGCCACGGAGGCGAGCGACGUCCCUCUGCUCACCCGGAUUUUCGCAUCCAAGGGUCUCGGCCUCAAGGACCUCGUCGUCCUCUCCGGCGCCCACAGGCUCAGCACGGCGCACUCCCCGUCGUUCGCCGACCGGCUCUACAACACCACCGACAACGGCCUCGUCGACCCGUCGCCGGACAGCGAGUACGCGGCCAAGCUGAGGCUGAAGUGCAAGAGCGUCGACAACAAGAGCAUGCUGUCGGAGAUGGAUCCCGGCAGCUACAAGACCUUCGACACCAGCUACUACCGCCACGUCACCAAGCGCAGGGGGCUCUUCCGCUCUGACGCCGCGCUGCUCACUGACGCCACCACCGAGGAACACGUCCGGCGCGUCGCUACAGGUAAAUUCGACGACGCGUUCUUCAGGGAUUUCAGCGAGUCCAUGGUCAAGAUGGGCAACGCCGGCGUGCUCACCAACGGCGACGAAGACAUACGUCCUCAACUAGAGAAACUACCAGCGGAUUAA